AUGGCUGGAUGGGAAGGAAGCGCCCAUAAUAGUCGUGUUUUCAAGUUUGCUACCAGAAACUUGAGACAUGGAUUUUCGUACCCACCUCUGGGUAAAUACUAUUUGGUUGAUGUUGGAUAUCCAUUACAAAGGGGAUAUCUAAAGCCCUAUCUAGAUACAAAGUACCACAUUCCUGAUUUUGAAAGAUCUAGUGGUGUCGCACGAGGUAAAAAAGAGGUUUUUAACAAAAGACACUGUUCAUUGCCCGACGUAAUUGAAAGAGCGUUCAGAGUGUGGAAGAAGAAGUGGGUCAUAUUACGGCAUAUGUCGUCCAAUCCUUUUCCAAAGCAAGUACAAAUAGUUGUUGGCACAAUGGCGCUACACAAUUUCAUCCGACGCCACCCUUCCAGAUCGGAUACGAAGUUUGCCAUUUUAGAAGAUGAGUCAGUGCAAAUCCCACCUGAAGCAUUUGAAUAUCAUGUGGGACGUUCAAUACAUGAAGGGUUUGGUUUAGAAGAUGCAUGCACUCGAGAGGGUGAAGGUGCAUACGAGAUGCCGACUUUACGAGAACAAAUAGCAGAUGAUAUUCACUGGUCAUGA